CAGCUAUCAGAGAAAUGAAAGUUCACCGGAGAGGCACCAGAUCCUCACGCCUUGCUUCCUCCAUACCAAAUAUUGUAAGAGCUCCGGUCUACCAUACCCAGAUUAACGGGACGAAGCAAAGAUCCAAGAGCUUGGGUGAAUUUCAUAUAACAUUUACCAUGUCUCACCAAUGCUAUGAAAUCAACUCCUUUGAAGACUUCUUCGGCUCCCAGAUUGUCUUCAACCACAACACCUCCAGGUUGAGCUCCGUAAAAGUGAUACCACUACCUCAAGUCAUGUUUAAGAUCAGCACACUCCCCUAUGGUCAUCGCCCAAGGUUGUAACACAUCUUCAGCUGGAUAUCUUUCUUCAACGGUUGAGUCAGCAAUUUGAAGGGGUGUUUGAAAUUCUGCCUUUACUAACUCCUUCAGGAGUAAUUUCAUCUUCUUUCUGUGUUGUCUCCACCAGUGCCAUACUACCUGGCUCUUUGUAAUUAUGCUGAUUUAGGUUUGCUAAAAUCUGGGCUCUGUUGUGCAGGUGCAAACCAUAGUUGUCUCUCACCCUCUCCAAUCUCUCCAUUUUCUAUCCACUAUUGUUGAUUACACCUCUAAUGUUCAUCCCGUAUUCUUCCAUUGUGAUGUGUUAUUUAAGUAAUAUUAUCUUU